AUGCCACAAUCUGAGGAGAAGAAGAGGCAGCGGGUCUCGAUUGCCUGCCUUGCAUGCCGGCGGAGACGAAUGCGCUGUGAUGGAGUUCAACCAGUAUGCGGGUCCUGCGUAAAGAGAGGUAUUCAGUGUGAGUAUCAACACUCGGAAAACAAACGAAGGCCGCCAAGCAAAAAAUAUGUCGAAUCCCUACAGGAGAGGAUACGUCUUCUUGAGGCCCAAGUGGUAUCACUUGGCUCCCAACCAUCGGCUGGUAUUCUCGAUCCACAAGCGGAGGAACCAGACGAACCUGAGCCUGAGGAUGAUGGUGCCGACGAAGAACAAGACCCCCUUUCCGAACUUACUGGUCUAGUUGGUCGUCUCAACGUGAUAGAUGAUGGCCAGGUUCAUUACUUCGGAUCACAGAGUUCGUACAACCUCGUUCGCGAACCUCUGCGUGAGGCCGCGCCUCACGAACCCUCACGUCGGAUGCAACGACAAGGUAUGGCUGCUGCGGCGCAACUCGGAAAAUUUGUUACUGUCACCGAUGAUCUUCAAAAUCAUUUACUCGAACUUUACUGGCGAUGGCAGAACCCCUGGAACUAUGUAAUUCACAAGGAAACAUUUCUGAGGAGCUUCAGAGGCGAAGAUGCCGGGAAGUACUGCUCCCCUCUUUUGCUUUCAGCAAUCUUUGCUAUGGCUGCGCGGUACUCGGAUCGCCCAGAACUCCGGUCCGACAUAAAUGACCCAAACACUGCGGGGGAUGCUUUCUGUGAACACGCCAAAGUUCUGCUGCUCUAUGAAAGCGAGGCCCCUACCAUUACCACUGUUCAGGCUGCGUGUAUUCUGGCUCUUCGCAUCAUGACAGACGGCCAAGAGGCUUUAGGCUGGUUGUAUUCUGGAAACGCAACCAGAAUGGCACACAAUCUUGGCCUGAACCUGGAUUGCUCGAAAUGGGUCGCUUCAGGAUUACUGUCAGAAGAUGAAGCUGAGACGAGAAAGGUUACGUGGUGGGGAUGCUAUGUUGUUGACAAACUCUUUUCACUCGGUCUAGGUCGGCCAAGCAGUACACCGAAAGCAAGCAUUACUUGUCAGAAACCUAGCAUUGACAAUGCAGAAGAGUUUACGCCUUGGAAGCCAACAUCUGAUGAGGCUGAUUACUCCCUGGGCGUCCACUCCCACAUUUCAUCAACGGCACAUCAUGUGUGCGAAACCUACACCAUUGCUUGUGAAGCGAUGGACAUGAUGUAUUAUGUCUCCUGCUACAACUUAAUGUUUGCAAAGUUAACUCCUUGUAGAUAUGCUAUCAACAGCAAUUUGUCAACGCGGGAAAUCGAAGACAUCGUCAGCAAAACAGACGUAGAAUUGCGAUCACAUUAUCGCGCAUUGCCAAGCUACCUCCGCUUGCCGUCAUCGCCAAAAGUACCAAUGCUUCCUCAUAUUUGUUUGUUCCAUAUACAAUACCACGCCCAUCUCAUUCUUCUGCACAGACCUCUCCUGAGGAAGAAGAAAGCUAGGUCUGCAUUAAGUGAGGGUGUAUCUCCCAGCGACACCGCCGAUGACAACGACGAAUACGCCAACAAACACAUGGAGGCAUGUCGUCAUUCAGCCGCAGAAAUCGCAAGAUUAUUGCGGAUAUACAAGCAACAGUACUCUCUUCGCCGUAUACCUAUUGCCGCUGUUCACUUAUGCUUCUCGGCCGUCAUUAUCCACCUCAUCGACGCUCGACCCUCGAACCCGAAGAGGCAACUUGCGAUACAUCACUUGCAAAUAUGCAUCGACGCGUUACGAGAUCUCAGAACGGCUUGGUGUGCCUGGAGCGAUCGAGCGCUGCGAGCAAUACAGUUAUUGGCGCGCGAAUGGUAUGACUGCGAAGAUGUAUCACAACUUCAAUACUGUAGGUCUCCUCCGCAAACCGCCGAAAGCCGCGGCAUGGGGCACCAGACCGCCGGAGAAGCGACUAUGGGCGAGAGAAUCGCAGGAAACGAUUUGGACCUUCGUCAGCUGGGUUCCGGCAACGACGAACCUUCCAUUGUUCCCGGUGUCGCUAGUCCUUUAGAGAACAUCAGCCAGGUAGGGGCUGGGAACGAGCCAAACGCACUUGCUUUUCUAUUUGAUGAUAGCACGACAGAUCAGUAUACGGAUACUCUUGUUAGAGAAUGGCUUGCUGAAAGCGGGUAUGAUGAUGUGUUGAAUAUCGCUACCUAG